AUGGACAGGCUCAAGUCUGUCAACGAAGCCCUAUCGGGUGCCAAGCCCUUCAGCAGUGUGAGCGUCUGGUUCGACCGCCUCACCAGCAACACCUACAAGGAGGAUGACUACGAAGGCAUUCCCGAGCUUGUCGAAUCAAUCAACCUCCAGUCCUCUGGACCAGCAGAAGCAGCCCGUUGCACUCGCAAGAAGCUCAAGUAUGGUAGCGUCCACGGCCAAAAGCGUGCCCUUACCAUCCUAGGUGCCCUGGUGGAGAACUGUGGUCCACGCUUCCAGACCACCUUUGCCGAUGAGCGGCUGGUACAACAGAUCAAGCUCACUGCAGCCGACCCUCUUGUCGACGCCUCAGUACGGCGCAAGCUCAUGCGUCUGCUUCUGAGCUGGCAACAGACCUACUCUCGUGAACCGACCAUGCGCGUUGCCUCUGGCCUGUAUGCAGCGUGCGGAGGUGGGAGGGAGAGACAGCAGCGAGAGGCAGAGAGGAAGAGGAGCGAGGCAGAGGAGCUUUAUCGCAAGCAGGACGAGCAGCGAAGGAGAGAUAUGCAAAUCAGAAUGGAUAGGAAGACGGCAGAGAAGAUGCAGAAGGAGGAGGAUAAGAAGAAGGGAAAGGGAGGCAAGAAUCGUGGGCAGGUGCGACGAUUCAAUUACGAGCAAGAAAAGCCUCAAAUCCUCAACCACCUCGCCGUCUCCUCCCGAUCAUGCACCAACCUCGUCAACGCCCUGCAGCACGUCAAUCGCGAACGCGAGUCGGUCUCUUCCAACUCACGCGUCCAGACUUCUCUCGAACGUGUCAAGACUGAACGCAAGCAGCUGGUACGCUACAUUCAGCUGGUUCAGGACGAGGAGAUGGUCGGUGCCCUCAUCGAGGCCAACGAGCGCAUUGUGAUCGCGCUGCAGCUUUACGAUAAGUUGAGCAAGCCCGACAACUCGGACUCGGAGGAUGAAGGAGCAGGAGGGGCCAAGAGAAGCCAGUUGGUCGACGCGCCCGGGCAUAGAAUGACUGCAGAGGAGAAGGCUGCAGCAGAGGACGCAGAAAUUGAAGCUGUCCGUCAAAGACUAGCCGACGCCGACUUCGCUCCUGCAUCAGGCGCCAGUGGUGCUGCGGGUGCUGGUGGUGACGAUUGGGAGGGCGAAAUCGAAAAGCUCCAAUUUAAGCAACGUAGAGGUAUCGCCAGGCACAACUCACGACGCGCCGAGCCAGGCGAGGCGAUGAAGGAUCUGCUGGACUUGGACUUCGAUGAGACACAAAGUAGCGUGAGCGCUGGGCCGAGUCUGCGACCGCAGAGGGGUAGUGGGAGCGCUGCAGCGACUUCGUCUACAGCUGCGGGCAGUGGAUCAGGCAGAGGUGGUGGGAGCCUUUCAGACUACAGCGAUUACGACUCAUCAGAAGACGAGGAGCCGCCGCGAUCUAGUCUCGCCCCACCACGCAGCAGCGCCAUCGCCGGCACCACCCACUCCGGCUCAUCCUCCGUCGUUCGCCUCGACCACGGUGCCGAGCUGGAAUCCUGGCGUCAAUCUCAUCGCCCGCGAAUUGGCGAGGAGACGUCCAGCCUCUGGAGUAAGGAGGACGAGGAGCGAUGGAUCCGCGGCGAAGAGGAUGAGGAUCUCAAUCAAGAGGGUGAGGACGAUGCGGAUCCUUUUGGAGACGAGUGGGAGGAGGUUGCGGGCAAGUUGAGGGCAAGCGGGGCAGAGAGUGGGAGGAGAGAGUGGGCUGCUGUUUAG